AUGAUGCAAAGACCUAUUAAACUUGAAGAUGAUGGUGGUCACAUCAUCGAGCCACUCGAGUUGACUGGACCAUUGAAUUGCCUCAUUUGUGGUGCUUCUGGUGCUAAACAUUAUGGUACCAUUGCGUGUUUGUGAGUUGUUAACAAUUCGCUAGGGAGGACAUUGCUUUGGAAUUCUAACGUGUUUACGCUAGAAAGCUGACGUACAUAUUUACUAAAAAUAUUGUUUUGCAAGAGGUGUUGAUGUUUUAAAGUGCUCAAACAUAUAAUUAUAGAGGAUGCAAGGGCUUUUUCCGACGUUCAAUAUUGUUGAACAAGGUCUACAAAUGUAUUCGGAACAAAACGUGCACAAUGAGUCCAGGUAAAGCUUGAAACAAUACACUAACUAAAGGUUCUCUUUAAUAAAAUUAAGGACAGAUAAUGUGAUUAUCUUUAAUCAUCACAUAAAAAUUAAGUAACAAAUAGUUUUAAUUGAUCACAAUUCUUGAAUUCCAGAGACUCGAAACGGCUGUCACUACUGUCGCUUGCAAAAGUGUUACGCAGUCGGAAUGAAGACAUGCUGUAAGCUUACUCUUUCGUAUAUACCUCUAGUUAUUUAGAUUUGCAAGCCAGUAGAAAGUCGGGUUCUAGUCGCAAAAUAAUCGAUUUAAGUCCAAAAGGAUCUCCCACACCACCAUUUCUUCUUGUUAAUCAGCAAUUGAGCAAGGUACGGUAACAUAUCAAUCUAAGUUAUGAAAUUAAGUUUUGGAGUUACUCAAUGAUGGUUUACUACAUCAUUUUAGGUUGAAAACCGUUGUGUGUCAUUAGGAUCUCUGAAUGCAUUUAAAUCUCAGGGAAACAGUUCUACGAACGACAUUGUACAGUACUUUGGAGAGGUCGAGAGGUACUGUUUAGUUAUAUUUCUACUUUACAUUGCUGUCUUUUAUGUUGUGGCAUAAUUUUUACAAUUGUAAGCUUUGUUGACUUUGUAAACCAUGAUUAUACUCUAGGAUAUGUGAUGAAGUGUUUGAUGAACGGACUAUGGGUAUGCCUUUAAGUGUAAUACGACAGCAAUGUAAUGUAGAUGUGGACGUUGAUCUGGCUGUAAGUGAACCAGGAAGAAUUGCUCCUAGAGUUGAUGUAAGUUAUAAAAGCCGUGUAUUUUAUGUUGCAAAAACCGGAAUAAUUAAAAAAAGAAUAAUAACGGUUGCAAAAGGAACUGAUUUGCAUUUGCGUAACGAUUUGUCUAUUACAAUACGAAUGAUAAAGGUUCAUAGAUUAAACUCUUCGAUUGUAGACAAAAUAUAGAACUAGAAUAUAGUUAAGUAUAUGUUGUAAUAGAAAAUGACGUAUCUUGACAAUAAUGUGCCUAAUUACUUCAGAUGGAGUGGGGUAUGAGGCUUCCAUUCACCGACGAUGCCUUGAAGCCGAUCUGGUGUCGUCAGAUCUGUAACUUCUUCGACUACGCGUCUUUCAUGCCAGACAUGGAGAUGAUUGACGAGAAAGAGAAGAAUCGACUGAUUCUGGCCAACUCGACCAGAAUCCUGUCGCUCACGGUAGCGUACAAGACUCAACGGUUGGAUCACGGUGUGGAUGCGAUUACUUUUGGUCUUGGCUUCUACUACCCAGUAAUCGAGGAUCAGAAGCCGGCUGAACAGACCAGCUUCACGGAGUUGUCGCGGAUUCUAUUCAGGGAUUGUAUCGUGCCAAUGAGAGAGAUGCACUUGUCGCUGGCCGAGUACUGUAUUGUCAAGGCUAUGUACUUCUUUUCUCCAGGUAAAAUACGAAAAGCUAAUUUGGUUGUGCUUAUGAGUCCAUGGUAAAGAAAUUCUAGGUUUAUUAGCAUGAUUUUUAUUUUUACUAUAAAAAUAUUGUAUUAUGUUUUGGAAGCGUAAUGUAUAUAACAUUUAUGCUUUUAGUGUCGACUCUGAGCGACAGAUCUCUCCAAAUAAUCAACAGAAUUCGCGAGAAAUAUGCAAAUGUAUUGAACGACUACCUCUUGAACGAGAUGGGCUACAUGGAGGCGGUGGAGCGAAUUACUAAAAUACAUUCCAUUCUUCAGGUCAUUGAGGUACUGGUACUAUUACAAUACAACUUGUUAUUGUGUUACAUUAUAACUAUAGCAUUUGAAUAACUUUCACUAUAAUGACAAAGUUAUAGUUAUGUUAGUUUUAUCUUUAAUUUUAGGUAACAAGUAAUCGCUUCGACAAGAGAAUGGCGGGCCUGGUGAUGGUAGAUUCGGCAGGAAUGCUGGGCCGGCUGUCGUAUGACAUUCAUGUUCGUACAAACUAA